AUGGAUGGGUUUGAAAAAUUUCUAUCAAUUCGAGGGAUCCAAAGAAUUCAAAUUCAUAGAGAUACUGAAUCAACUACUAGAAAUAAUUCUCAAAUUAGAAAUGUAAAUUUUAGAACCAAUACAAGAAAUGAAAAUUCAAGAACAAGAAGAUCAGAAAUUAUUGUUUUGAAUAAUGAUGAUGAAAUUAUAGAUCAUAGAAUUAAUGGUAUACCUAUUUCUGAUAUUAGGAAUGAAAAUGAAGUUCAAUCACCUUUAGAUUUAUUCGAUUAUGUGUUUAAUCAUAUGCAUGAAUCUGAUGAAGAAGAAUACAAUUACGAUCAUGGAAUUGAACCUGGGCAUGAACAUGAAGAUGAAAAUGAACAUGAAGAAACAGAUAUUGAUCUCGCUUUUAAUAUCAGUGGUACGCCUGGAGCUCAUGCAUUUUUCAGUAUUCCGCAAAUGAUGAAUGAUUAUGAUGAUGUAACUGAUGAUAGUGAAGAAAAUGAUGAUGAAGACGAAGACGAAGAAGAUAAUGAGGAACUUGAUUCAAAUACGCAAAAUUAUAGAACAGUACAAUAUAAUGAAUCUAAUAUUCAAGAUUAUAGAGAAGUACAAGAUAUAAAUGAUUUAAUGCUUAGUGAUGAUGAAAGAGGUAUAGUUAUUGACGAAUCAGAAAAUUCAGAUGCUGAUCAAUUUUAUAAUAGUCGAAGAGAAAGUUUUACGACACCUUCACAAAAUAAUAAUGAAUAUGAAAAAAGAAUGGAUAUUACUUCAGAAGAUAAAAAUUAUAGAUAUUCAACAAAAUCUACAACUUCUACUAUUAAACUACCUCAUAAAUUUACCAAAUCGAAUUUUAUAUUCAAUUCAUCACAGACUACAUUUAAUAAAUUUCAACAAUAUAAUGAAUUUGAUGAUGAUUUCUUUAUAUUAAAAAAUUCACCGGAAAUAAAUUUUGAAAAUAGUUUAAACUUAAAAAAAAUUGGUAGAAUUAGUUUAAAAGAAAUUGUGAAGUCCAAAAGGUAUAAAAAUAAUUUAUCAUGUAAUAUAACUUCAGAUAAUAAAGACUAUUUGGCCAUAGGCUUAAAUUCAGAAAUCAUCAUUUAUAAAUACAAUCCAAUUACAAAUUUACCUUUUGAAAAUUGUUGUUUAAGAUUUAAUACAAAACCAAGUUAUACAUCAAGUACAGAUAGAUCAAUCUCAACAUGGCCAUAUUUCCCACAUACUAUAAAUUAUAUGAAAAGCGGAGAAUUUAAUGGUAAACAAAUUAUAUGUUCUUGUAUUGAUGAUGGAUUUUUAUUAAUUUGGGAAGUUGAUACUUUAGUUAAAUAUAUUGAGAAAAAUGAAACUAGUAAGAAGAAAGAUUUUAACGAAGUUAUAAAACCAAAGUAUAAAAUUAAACUAAGUGCAUCGUUAUGGGGAGUUGACUUCAAAGAAAAUAUAAUUGUUGCUUCUGAUAAUUCUCAAAGUUGUGUAUUAUUAUAUUAUCACUCAAAGGACGAAAAAUUUUAUCAUGUUAAAACUCAUCAAAUUUUGCAUAACAUACCAGAUAUUUCCAUUUUGAAAAUAAAUAAAAAUAUAAUUCAAGUUUCAUGUGCUUCAAUUUCGGGAGAAGUAGUCAUAUUUGAAUUCAAAUUUAAGUUCGUUGAAGGACCAUUAUAUAUAGAAGAAAUUAAUUAUAAUAGGAAAAAACAAUUAUAUUAUACUGAUCCAAUAGUGGAAACAAUGGAAAAUCAAGAACAACCAAGAUCAUCAAAUUUUUGUGAAUAUAAUUUUGAAAGAAUUAAAUUUUUAGAACCCAUAGUAAUAUCAAGAAUAGUUUUAGGUGAAGACUGCUGGACAGUUAAUCACAUUAAUUCAAAAUGGUUUUUACAAGUUAAUUCAUUACAAAAUGUAUUUGGUGAUUCUACAAUAAAAGAAGAUGAUGAAAUUAAUAGAAUUUUAAAUGAAAGUAUGGCAUUGGAUAAUAAUGAGGAAAUUGAAGAUCACCACAACGAUUCAACUUCACUGAUUCAUUUGGGUAGUUCUUCAAAUUAUCAAUUUUUCCAAAGUGAAACUAUUGCAUUUUGUAAUAUCCAUAAAUGCUUACCACAUGAUAGUUCAAAAUUUACAAAUAUAAAUGAUGAAUACAGAAGACUUCAUAAACAAUAUAAACUACAGCAACAACAACAACAAAACAAAAAUUAUCAAAAUGAAGAUUCUAAUUUUUUAAUAGUUUCAACGGGGAAGAAAUUAGGGUUAUUCAAUAUUCCAUCAUUAUUUAGUCCCUGUGCCACCAAAACAAUAUUCAAUAAUGAUUUACCAGAUGAUGGAGAAACAGCUCAUGCAAAUAGAUUAUCAAUACUUUCCAUAAUUCCAGAAUUAUCUUGUAUUAUAGCAGUUUCUCAAAAGGGACUUGUAACAAUAAUGAGAUUAUGUACAUAUAGAGGCAUAUAUGGUAUGAGACAAGAAUAUGUUUUUCCGAAUGUUCACGAUUUACUUAAUGGUGAUGAUAAUGAGUAUAGAUCUAUUAUUGGAUUAAGCAUAAGGAAAAAAUUUAUUGAUAAAUCUACUUAUAUUUUGAAUAUUGUUUAUAAUGAUGGGUUAUUACUUGCAUAUGAGUUAAGUUAA